UGUUCCAACCCGUCAACACCGGACUCAUUAGACACACUGAUCUUCACCCACGGUGCCGGUGGCACACUCUCCGCUCCCGCAGUCGUGAACUUCUGCGCCGGCUUCUCCUCCUCCCUGCCCGUCUUCGCGUUCCAGGGCUCCUCGAACCUUCCCGCGAGGGUGCAAGCAUUCCACGAGUGUAUAUCGCAUAUCCGAACCUGGCUUCUCAUCGGAGGCAGAAGUAUGGGUGCGCGCGCCGCUGUUAUGGCCGCCACGUCUUUUCUCACAGAAACCAUCGAAGAGACAGAUGAAAGACCAAAGGUACGGCUUAUUCUUGUUUCCUACCCGCUCAAAGGACCGAAAGGCAUCCGGGAUGAGAUUCUACUGGAUUUAUCAGAGGACGUGGAUGUCCUGUUUAUCAUAGGGGAGAGAGAUGCCAUGUGUCCGUUGGAUCCGCUGGAGGAUGUGAGAGGGAAGAUGGCGGCAGUGUCGCAGCUUGUUGUUGUGAGGGGUGCGGAUCAUGGGAUGUGUGUUAGGGGGAAAGAUAGGGAGAGGGAGGUGGGCGAGGAGACGGGACAGGUAGCUGCAAGAUGGGUG